UGCAUACACAGUGUUUAUGAGGACUACAUCUCAUCAGAGUGGACAUGAGACUAGGUCCUGCCCUCUGAGGACAGACAGAGAAGGCACCAUGACCAGGACCAGGCCUCGCCAGACAUGGAAUCUGCUGGUGACUUGAUCUUAUACUUCUCAGCCUCUAGAACUGCCCCAGCUGGUGGUUGAGAGAACAUCUCCUGUCACAUAGCUGGAUUGGGUCCUCAUGCUGCUGUGGUCAUUCCUGGUCAUCUUUGGCCCCGCCAGCGCACAGACAGUCUCACUGAUCAUAAAGGAGCCCCCUCCUAUCUUCGAAGGAGACAGAAUAGCUCUGACAUGCCAGAAGGAAAAGAUCCAAAGAAUAAAGACGAUAACAUACUAUAAGGACGAAAAAGAAUUAUCAAGUUUUAAAAAAGUCUCAGUUCUUUCUAUCCAAAAUGUAAAUGUGAGUGACAGUGGCAACUAUUCCUGUACUAUUGUAGCAGGAAUCUGGAGAAGGAAAAAAACUUCACAAAAAAUCAGUGUCAAAGUUCAAGAACUAUUUCAACGUCCUGUGCUGAUGGCCAGCUCCUUCCAGCCCAUCGAGGGGGGUCCAGUGACCCUGACCUGUGAGACCCGGCUCCAUCCAUGGAGGUCACAGGUCCAGCUCCAGUUCCGCUUCUUCAGAGAUAGCAGGGUCCUGGGGUCAGGCUGGAACAGCUCCCAACAGCUCCAGGUCCCCGCUAUGUGGAGGGAAGACUCGGGGUCCUACUGGUGCGAGGCAGAGACUCUGACCCACAGCAUCAGAAAACAGAGCCCUGCAUCUCAGAUAUAUGUGCAGAGAAUCCCCGUUUCUAAUGUAAGCUUGGAGACCUGGGUCCCUAGGGGACAGGCAGUUGAAGGAGGAACGUUAGACCUGCUGUGCUCCGUGGCUGAUGCCACAGGAAACAUCACAUUCUCCUGGCACAGAGAGGCCACAGGAGUCAGGGUGGGAAAGAAGACUCAGCAUGGUCUGACCGGGGAGCUGCGUGUCCCGGUUGUGCAGGACAGUGACUCAGGCGGCUAUUACUGUACAGCUGACAACGGCUAUGGUCCUGUCCAGAGCAAGGUGGUGAAUGUCCCUGUGAGAGAACAUUUUGGAAACUACUCCUCUGAGGCUGACAAUGGCCUGAAGCCCCAGCGCAGUGAGGUGGUGACACUCCCCAUCUCAGGGGCUAAUGGCUAUAGAAGAGACCUUGUCACAGCCAAAGUUUUGGGGGGACUGUUUGGCAUCCUGGGUUUCACUGGUGUUGCUCUGCUGUUUUAUUGCUGGUCGCACAAGACAGCAGGAGAAAGUACUGCUACUAAUGCACCCAGCCUCUCUGCUCUCUGUUCUCACUCACUGCCCUGGGGACUUUCUCACAGAAGUGCUUCCAGCCCAAACCCCCCAGAGUCCACCCACUCCGGCCCACUCCCAGCCGUGGAGGAUCUGCAGCCAGAGUAUGUCAAUGUGGGCAUGGAUGUGAUCUACUCUAAGGUCUGGAGCAUCCAGCAGUCAGAAAGACCAGCAAACACUGGAAGGCUCUUUCUGGAGAACGAGAGUCCCGAAGUCAUCUAUUCUUCUGUGAAGAAGUGUGGAGAUUACCCAGAUCAGCCUGCCUGUGCGCUGAAGCUGGGCUAUGAUUCAUCCUUUACCCCAGCACUGGAGGAAAAUGACAAAACCGAGACAGACUGCGAGCGAGAAUACAGCAGCCUGGGCUGUGCUGUGGAUUUGGGCAUCUCUGAGCCUUCCAUCUGUGGUGGCAUCAACAACUUUAAAGCUGACAACUUUGGAGAAGGCAGGAUUAGAAAAGAGCAGCCUUCAGAUGAUCUAGGCACACAGCCAUUUAAAGCCAUUUUUUGUUUUGUCUCCUCUGAGCAGAGGCCUCCUGUCCUCUUCCUUGGACAGGAGAUAAGCCUGGCUCUGGGUGAGAUGGACUUGUCCUGCCCUCGGCCAGGCCAGGUCUUCAUGUUUCUGUGGCUGCUGCUGCUGAGCCUGGAGAAAGACAACAAGACAUGGGGAGCACGCAGAGCUGGGUCCCCAGGACAACAAAAAGGUCCCCAAGACAGCCAUCAGUGCCAGACAGGGGUCCCUGAGUCUGCUGUGACUCUAAAGAUCCAGCCCUCUGGAGGGCAGCUGAUUGAAGGAGAAAAGUUGGUCCUUACCUGCUCAGUAGCCAAGGAUACAGCAUCUGUCACCUUCUCCUGGCACAGAGAGGGAAGGGGAAAUCUGGGGAUAAAGACCUGGCAUUCCCCGUCAGCAGAGCUGCAGGUCCCUGCUGUGGCAGGGAGAUACUACUGUACAGCGGACAACUCCUGUGGCCCCCUCGUCAGCAACAAGAUCACAGUUACCGUGAGAAUUCCAGCGUCCCAGCCAGUCCUCACCCUCAGGGCACCCCGGACCCCGACUGUGGUGGAGGACGAGGUGGAGCUUCACUGUGAAGCUCUGAGAGGCUCUCCCCCAAUCCUGUAUCAGUUUUAUCAUGAGGACAUCAUCCUGGGGAACAGCUCGGCCCCCUCUGGAGGAGGAGUGUCCUUCUUCCUCACUCUGACCACAAACCAUUCUGGAAACUACUUCUGUGAGGCCGACAAUGGCCUUGGGCCCCAGCGCAGCCAGAGAGUGAGCCUCAGUGUCACAGUUCCAGUGUCUCGCCCCAUUCUCAGCCUCAGGACACUCAGGGUGCCCAGGGCCCAGGCUAUGGUGGGGGAUGUGGUAGAGCUUCGCUGUGAGGCCCUGACAGGCUCUCCCCCAAUCCUGUACCGGUUUUAUCACGAGGAUGUCGCCCUAUGGAACUGCUCAGUGCCUUCUGGAGGAGGAGUGGCCUUCAACCUCUCUCUGACUGCAGAAUAUUCUGGAAACUACUCCUGUGAGGCUGACAAUGGCUUGGGAGCCCAGCGCAGUGAGAUGGUAACACUCAGAGUUACAGGAACUCCCAGGAGCAGAACAGGCCUUGUCACUGGAGGAGCCGUCUCAGGGCUGCUUAGCGUCCUUGGCCUUGCUGCCACUACUGCUCUGCUGUGUCACUUCAGGACCCAAAGGAAAUCACGAGGAUUUCCUGCCACUGGAACCUCCAGUUACAGUCCCCACAAGUGCUGGGUACCUUCCUUGUCCAGACCUUCCAGAAGAGACCCCCAAAAGCCUCCCCACCAGGAGCCACUAACUCUCCUGCAGCUGCAGCCAGUGAACCCCAGCGUAAUUCCUGAAGAUAGUAUAGUUUAUUCCCAGAUCUGGAGCUUCAAACUUGCAGCAGAAAACUCAGCAAAUCCACCAACUAUGCAUCGGGAGGACAAGGAACUUGAAAUCUUUUAUUCAAACUUGAAGGAGGUGCCCUACAAUGACUCUACAGGACUGGCCUGCAGUAGAGGCCGGACCUCCGAAGCUGAUACAGGAAACUAUGAAAAUGUUCUAUGUGCACGUCCAGCCUUGGACCACUAGCCCUGUACCCAGCAUGUCUGCAGAGACCCUGGGAGCAGCUGUGCCCUUGCCCUGUUCUCUGCAACCACCCUCCCUCUUGCUGUCCAGACUCUGCCGCCCAGCCUGAGCUACAGGCAUGGGGGUGUGCACACAGGAUCUGCCUGUCUCCCCCAUGCCCAAGUCUCAGUGUUCUCUGGGAUCAGCUUCUGGGCCAGCUCUGCUUUCCGUUCCCAGUGAAGAUGUGGCAGGGCGGAAGGGCCCUCAGCACCCAGGGCUGUGAAAUAGAGGAGAGAGAAACAAUCUAACUGGGACCCCCAUCGUGACCAUUUGAUCUAAGUUUGAUCAGAAGAUCUUAAUGUGCUAUCUCUGUAGAAACACCUUGCUCUAAAUAUUUUGUUUCCUUUUCUGGUUAGCUGAUAAUGGCGUUGCCAAUGUUUUGGUGUAUAUUGCUAUCAAAUUAAAAACAACCAAAACAAGGUAUAGAAAAAGAUCUUAAGAUGACUCUGCCUCAAGAGCAUUUUUAUACUUGUGGGAGACAUUCUCAACCAAAUCCACACUAGGUAUAAUGAAAAAUCACCUCAAUGUUUCCUUAAAGUCUCUGCAGCCUGAUUGAAUGUACGACCUUAUGUGUGCAAAGAAUGGCAUCAGGUACAAUCUUUGCUUUGUGACAUCGUCUAAUUGUUUUCUAUGCACGACCUUGUUUUUAUUCUUAUGAACACUCAUUACUCCCAGAACAAUGACCAACGUCAUGUAUGUGCCUCUCCCUUCCUUCCUCUGACUGACUCCACCUGAUGGAAACAUAUCCUGAACCUCACGUUCACUGUUCUGCUGUUCUCCUCUUCAUAUGGUAUUAAUGCAGCCCUAGGUUUCCUUUAAAUAUAUAUGUUUUUAUAUUAGUUGUUUUAACUUUAUUAGUUAAAGGCUAUAUGGGUGUAGGUCACUUUUUAAACCUUUUCACUUAAUGUUGUAUUUCUGAGAUUCGUUCAUGUUGUUCACCUUGCUAUAGUUCAUUUGCUUUCAUUGUCGUUUAAUAUUUCUUUGUGUAAAUAUCUGGCUUGGUGUUUUCCUGGUUAUCACUAUUCAAAAAAAUCACUCAUCAGCAUCUUAAAUCUAGAAUAUGACAACAGUGGAAAAGAUGCCAACAAUUUUCAGUGAUUUAGCCUCUUUUCUGAAAUCGUAAUAUUCCCAAAUGUCUCCGAACGUCACAAUCCCCAGGAACAAAUGAGAUUAUACCAUGUGUUAACAUUAAUCUCUGAAUCUUGCCAGCUUGAGGCCCUGGGCUCGUUCACCUAGGAACACCAGUCCCUUGCAAAGCAGCAUAUCUUCCUCUAAUAAAUAUUUCAAGGAGUCCACAGGGAAAGUCUCACAUCCAUUUAAAACCUUAGCCUGGGCUGCUACGUACUAUCACCACCAUUUGGGAGAUAACACUACAGGGUCACUGUGGCCUCUUCUCUUAAAUUCUAACACCAUGGGAGCUGAGUUUCACCAGAGAGCAUUGAUGUCUUCCAUCACUGCCAGGCAAGCCACAGCUGCCGGCUGUAACCACUGUGGGGUAGGUACAUCCACACUGUUCCCACUGGCCUCUGUUCCCCUAGUCCUCGUCUGUGGCAGCGUGGUGUGACAGCCUGCCUCUCCUAGAUGUCACAGCUAUAAAGUCCUUUGAAGAGAGAAGAAGAUCAUGCCCUUGUCCUCUGUGCGACAUGCUCUGCUGUUUCUCUUCCUAUGGUAAACACACGCCACCAGAGUGGCUGGAUGUAGACAAGUCUGGGGUCCCGGCCACCAACCUGUCCUUGGAAGCUCUCCUCCCGUCUAACCCUAUUGCUAAUUUGGAAUCACCGUAUCAGGCUUCUUUGUGUCUUACAAUAAAAUUUCUCUCAA